AUGUCGUCACUCUACGAUCCUUUAGGAAUUGUUGCACCGGUUUUGUUACCAGCCAAGAAGAUUUUACGGGAUCUGUGCAUCAACAAGCAGCUCGGAUGGGAUGAUGACAUACCCGUGGAAUACAAGGCAUCAUGGGAGCAGUGGAUAGAAGAGCUUCACCAUUUGAAUACACUACAGAUUGACAGAUGUCUCAAACCUGCUGAUUUUGGACAUGUUGUUUCUGUUCAACUACAUGUAUUCUCCGAUGCAAGCACUGUUGGAUACGGUUGUGUAGCAUAUCUGCGUAUGUCUAACGAUGAAGGCGGUAUUCACACAGCUUUCUUGAUUGGAAAGUCUAGGCUUGCUCCAGUGAAAACUAUCACUGUUCCCAGGUUGGAAUUAACUGCAGCCACCGUGUCUAUUCACAUCGGAAAACUGUUAAUGAAGGAACUGGAGACUACACCUGAAAGUGUCACUUACCACACAGACUCAACGACGGUGUUACACUAUAUCAGCAAUGAAACAAAGAGGUUUCCAAUCUUCGUUGCCAACCGUGUCAAGCAAAUCAGAGACUUUUCAGAACCUACUCAGUGGAAGUAUGUAGAUUCAAAAAGCAAUCCGGCUGAUGUUGCAUCCAGAGGUGUAUCUGCAUCACAUCUGCUUACCUGUAUGAACUGGUUUCAUGGGCCCAAAUUUCUUUCUUCUUCAGAAUCAGAAUGGCCAGUACAGCCACAUCUUAUCCAUGAUGAGAAGAUGCUUGAAGAAACAGUCACAGCAACCGAUGCAACACAGGAUGACUGCUCUCACAACACUAAAAUACACUUCAACAAAGAGUUUGAACUGCUUCAAGGAUGUGAAAGUACACGAGGCCGAGUUCCAAGGACAAGUUCAGUGUAUAAACUUGACCCAUUCAUUGAAAGUGGAAUUCUCAAAGUCGGGGGUCGCAUUGGCAGAGCUAAUAUCCCCAAGGAGAUGAAGCACCCAGUUAUACUUCCUUACAGAAGUCAUGUGACGUCACUGAUUAUUACAGACCAGCACAUAAAGCUAGCCAAUGCAGGACGUAACCAUGUACUUUCCAUGCUGAGAGAAACCUACUGGAUUAUUAAGGCUAACUCUGCUGUCCGCAACGUCUUGUCACACUGUGUUACCUGCCGACGUCUGCGUGGUUCAACAUGUGAUUAG